UUUGUUUAGUGCUGAAAGAAAAUUAGAUGGUGUCUUUUCAAAAUCCCAUUAAUCCUACCGACAUGAAAACAGUGAGUUCCUGCGUAAAGAGCUCUGUGGAAGAGACUCGUGAGCCAAAGAACAUAACUGAGGUGAGGUGAUCAGGCAGUGGGUGGGCAGAAGCAGCUGGGUGACCAAGGGCUAUGGUAGAAAGAUUUUUCAGAAGGUAGAAACUAGAGGCACUCAGGACAAGGACCAAAGUCUCCACAGGACCUCCAUAAGUCUCAGGAUGUCUCUCCACACACACACACACACACUCACUCACUCACUCACUCACUCGCGUGAGCACUCAAUAAGUCCUGUUCCAGCGUCCCUGAAGACUUGAGAUUGGUGAUCUAGUACUAAAUGCAUUUGGAUGACACUUAGCUCCUUGUAAGUGGGGGGGGGGGGAGAACUAAUAACCAGCACUGAGCAUUUCCACUCUAAUUGGGAAAUGGCUGUCAUUCACAUCUCUCACUUGACCCUCACAUUUCCAAGGAUCAAUCAUCUUGAUUUUCUAGAUGGACUACCAAGGUCCUCCAACACAGAGGUAUUCUGGGAUGAAUGGUACACGUGUGCAGCAGAGUAGUUGCCAGAAUUUGUAUUUCUUUCUUUUCUAGGCUAUCCAGGAUAUUUCUACAUACUUCUCUGAUGAAGAGUGGGCAAAGCUGACCAAAUGGCAGAAAAGUGCCUACGUGUAUAUGAAAAGAAACUACAUCAGGAUGACGGGCCUAGGGGUCACAGUCAACCAACCAGUUUUCAUGCGCUGCAAGGAACAGACCAAAGAGAAGGUGGCGGAAUGCACUAAAGUUCGUGGCUAUGACAGGGAAGAGGUACUUCCUGGAAAGACUUAUGAUGUAAAACAGAUAAAACGCCUAAAGCUGACUCCGCUGACAAUAGACCUCUAUGACAUAAAAGAUAAACUUACAUCCGGAGGUGUGACUGUCACCACCGUUUCUAUUUUACCAGGAGGCGGAUUUCGGAUAAAUCCCUGGCGCCACCGGUUGCGAGAAAGGAAGAAUCGAGUGAUAUAUGAAGAGAUCAGUGAUCCCGAAGAAAGCGAUGAUGAUGAUUAAAUCGAGAGUCGAAAUAAGCCCAGGAUGAGAAGAAGUAUGGCGAGAAUCCUGGAUCAAAGUCAUGACUUUGAAAGACUACGUAUCAGUUCUAUAUAUAGAUAGAUAUAUGUAUAUAUUUAUUAAAAUUCAUUAUAA